AUGAUUCGAGAUCGACAUAAAUUAUUUGGUGAUACGGUGAAUCAAAAAUCUGCAUUUGAUCAGCAAUUAAUGUUUUUUUCAACAUCAACAAUUCAUUCGCCAUAUAAUAAUAAUAAAAGUGACAGAAAUAUUUCUAGUCAAAACCCAACUUUACCCACAGAAGACGCUUAUCAAUUUCCACAUUUACAUUACAAGAAUAUACAGUCUUUAUUACAAAAUCAUAAAGAUGAUUUAGACUUAUUAGCGAAAUUACCAGCUGGUCAAAAUAAAAAAAUUGACAAAUGCAAAGAAUCAACCUAUGAUAAUUCAUUGAUAGAUAAAUAUUUACCAACUAAAUUAAUUCCAUAUGCCUUACUUGCUCGCCUAGACAAACCAAUUGGAACUUGGUUAUUGUAUUUACCAUGUAGUUUAUUUGGUGUUGGAUCAUUGGUUUUAAGAGGAUCUGGAUGUGUUAUAAAUGAUUUAUGGGAUGUCAAUAUUGAUAGAAAAGUUGAAAGAACAAGAAAUAGACCACUUGCUUCGGGUCUUGUUACACCUUUUCAAGCUUUGGUUUUUCUUGGAUUACAAUUAUCUGUUGGUUUAUCUAUUUUAUUACAAUUAAAUUGGCAUAGCCUUGUAACUAUAUAUCCAUUCAUGAAACGUAUAACUUAUUGGCCACAAUUAUUUCUUGGUUGGUCUGCUAUGGCUGAAGAAGGAAUCGAUUUAUCUGUUACACUUCCACUUUAUGGAGCUGGUGUAUUUUGGACUUUAACGUAUGAUACAAUUUAUGCACAUCAGUCAACUGCGUUAUUAUUUAAUAAUAAUUCAAGGUUAUGGCUAUCAUUAUUUUCAGGAUCAAUGAUUUCUUGCUUAAUUCUAAGCGGCUACAUGAAUGAUCAAGGCUUACCCUAUUAUUUAUUAUCAUGUAUGGGUGCUAGUAUACAUUCAAUUUGGCAAUUGAAAACUGUAGAUUUUGAUAAUGUUGUUGAUUGUGGAAAGAAAUUUAAAAGUAAUAAAUGGUUAGGAAUAAUAGUGUUGAGUGGUAUUGUUUCUGAUAUUGCUUGGAAAAAUUAUAAGAAAAAAAUCAAUUAUAAUAAUAAUAAAGAAAAUACAAAAAAUAAUUUAUAA